GGUCCCGGGGCGACCGCAGGAGGACAGGAAGGUACUACUGUGCGGCCGUCUCCUGUAUCAGCACGACGAGCGAGCGCACUGGUGGACGCGGCCAUGAAUGCCGGUCGCAUCGACGCGGCAGCUAUGCAAGCAGCUAGUCAAGGCAGGGUGAAUACCUAUGUACUCCGUUAUCUACUCAGUGUAUGUACUUGGGUCGGUUGA